GAAGGCAAAAAAGCACUCCCACGAAGAAACUUAUCACCGUAAUAUCUCCUCUGCGGCACAAUCUAAACUUAGGUGUGGGGAAUCAAAACUUCGAUCCGUCGAAUACCUUCAAGGGAUAUGUCGGACCGCGAGCGCGAUUUCCGUUCAUCCGCACAGGUUGACCAUGGUUCCUUCGGAACCCAGUUGCAUUCGAAUUUUUUUUUCUAGUCUCACCGUCUCACGACCUUAUCUUCGGACGUUUCCCUUUCCUUAUCAUUGCUGUGGCCCCACUGACAGUACCCGUGUCGCUCAUUAAGGGGAGCCAUCCUUAUCUCUGACAUGUCUCCUGGUCGCGCCAGAUCCAGGCUGCAUGCACAUAUCUCUGCAAUGCCGUAAGUGGACGUCGCCACAACAUGAUAACACCAUGUUGGACCUCUCCGCUAUAAAGCGCCAUAAAAUACAAACAUGGAAACAGAGGCCUAACGAAUUCUCUCGAAGAAGCAGAUCAGACCAACAUGGCGUCCUUGAUUUCCCCCAGAAUCAACCUCAAGGAUGUCGUUGUUAAUCCUGCCAAUUUGAAGUGCUCGUCUUUACCAUUGUUCUCUCUGCGAAAUCAAUAUUCCGUCAACUUCCAUCUCUCUUGGCUAGGAUUUUUCGUGGCUUUUCUUUCUUGGUUUGCCUUUGCCCCCCUCGUUCCAGACGUAAUCAAACAAGAUCUUCAACUGACUUCUGCGCAAGUCGGCAACUCCAACGUGGUCUCACUAUGCGCAACACUUCUUGUGCGGGUCAUCGCUGGGCCACUGGUUGAUCGAUUUGGCCCACGUAAGGUCAUGGCUGGUUUGCUUAUAUGUGGCGCCAUCCCUUCGGGCCUGGCUGGAACUGCACACACAGCGAGCGGGCUCUACAUUGUUCGUUUUUUCAUCGGUAUUCUAGGGGGCACUUUCGUGGCAUGCCAGGCUUGGACCACGGCGUUUUUCGACAAAAAUGUAGUUGGAACUGCGAACGCUCUGGCAGGCGGGUGGGGCAAUGCAGGCGGCGGAUUCACGUUCAUCGUUAUGAUUGCUCUGUAUAACUCCUUGAUUUCAGAUGGACUCACACCACAUGUGGCGUGGCGUGCGGCGUUUGCAAUCGUACCAGUGCCUUUCCUCCUGACUGUUGCAGCCGCCACUCUGGUAUUUGGGACGGAUCACCCUGCUGGCAGGUGGAGUGACCGACACAAGGCCAUCGCGCAUGGAAUCAAAGAUGCAGAUGCACUCCCCGCUUCUCACGAGCAUAAAGACGAUGCGAUCAAAAAAGAGGGUUCCAGUGACAUUCAGGUUACCGUAUCCGCUGUUCAGGCUCUGGAAUCUGAACUAGACUUCGCUGUGAACGAGCCAGUCACAUGGGCGCUUGCAGUGAAGGUCAUCGCUAGACCUUUGACUUGGUUGCCGGCGCUAGCGUACCUCACAACUUUUGGCUACGAGCUAGCCAUCGACGCUAACCUGGCGAAUGUGUUGUUUACCCUUUACAAGUCGCCUACAUUCGGGCAAACUAAAGCUGGAUAUAUCGCAUCUAUCUUCGGUUUCUUGAACGUCCUCACCCGCCCCUUAGGUGGAUACUUUGGUGACUUGAUUUACGAAAGAUUCGGCGUUCCGGGAAAGAAGUACCUCCUGAUAAUCCUAGGCGUCACGCAAGGAUUAUUAUCCAUCGGUCUUGGGUUGUAUAUCGACAACAACCAACACCCUUCGUUGACAAUCUUAAUUGUCUUCCUCAUUUUGGCCGCUUUCGUCUGCGAAGCUGCUAACGGUGUUAAUUUUUCCCUGGUACCCCACUGCAACCCUUCUAAUAGCCUACAGAGUGGCAUUGUAGGGGGUAUGGGAAACUUCGGAGGCAUCGUGUUUGCUAUGAUUUUCCGAUUCCAACCUGCUCCCCUUGGCAAGGCGUUCUGGAUUUCUGGGAUUAUUGCCGUGGUUAUCAAUCUGUUCAUCACGGUUAUUCGCGUGCCACGGGUCUGA